AUGUAUUGCCAGAAAUGUCGACAACCUGUUCGCUUCGAUAGCUCGCUCGAGAACAUCAAUCCGGCGUCCUUUGACCUGCUCGUUGCAUCCACAGGCAAGUCGCAGCUGAACAAUGUGAACUCCACCAUUUCUCGCAUGAAUUACCCGCAAGAGAGAAAGGAACUCUAUGACCGCGUCUCCCUCCAAGCAAACUCUCCGAUCUACAAGAGAUCUAUCGCCGCGCCAAAAGAUGAGGCACUUCUUUCUCGUCGGCCUGAGCAACCAAACGGCAACCCUGACAUGUCGUUCAUUGAAAUCACACAGUCACAAGUUGCUCUGACAGACAAGGAACAUCAAAACCGAAAAAUACAAAGCCCGAGUACAAGGACAAACGGCUCUGACCCUGCUCCGAUGAAAGACACCCGGAUGUCCGCCAGGAAGAAUCAGGUUGAAGACCUUUUUGCCAUCCUCUCUUCACAUUCAGACAUCGAUCAUCCUAUGUGUCAGGAAUGUACUUCCAUGAUGCUGUCGCAAUAUGCCACACGCCUGAGUAGUGCGAACAGGGAAAGAGACGCCUACGCUGGUUUUCUCAAAUCAACCCAAAAUCUCUCCUCUGAAGUUCGGCGCUCAUCGGAUGCUAAACGGGUUGGAGGGACCAUUUACGAGCAACUGGAAUCUACCGAAGCUGAAAUCAGAAAAGUGGACGUAGAGAUUGCAGCUUUAGAGGAGCAGCUGCAACACGAGGAACUGGAGCAACAGGCGUACUGGAAUUCGCGCAACUCAAUCGAUGACAAUCUCUACAACACCACCACACAUUUAUCAUUUCUGAAAGAGAAACAAACCCAUGACUUCCGCCAGCUUGAGUGCCUGCAGCGCACGAAUGUAUACAACGACACCUUUUGCAUUGGCCAUGACGGCUACUUUGGAACGAUAAACGGCCUCCGCCUGGGCCGUCUGCCAAAUCAAAAUGUCGACUGGUCUGAGAUCAAUGCCGCAUGGGGUCAAACUUUGUUGCUCCUGGCCACUGUUGCGGAAAGACUGAAGUUUACAUUCCAGGGUUAUCGUCUGCGACCUCAAGGCAGCACCUCUCGCAUAGAAAAGCUUGAGUACCCCCAGCAACCUCCCGACUUGCAGAGACAACAAGCAACGGGCCGCGACGGAGGUCUGCGUUCAGCUGCCGCAAACCCUGAACCAAAGAUCACUCCUCUCGACUUAUUCAGUAGCGGCGAUAUGGCCAUCGGACGCCUCCUGAACCAUCGUCGGUUUGACAGUGGCAUGGUGGCAUUUCUCGACUGCUUAGGGCAGCUGGGGAAAUACGUCGAGAGGACUUCCAGCGUCGACAUCAAUCCAAAACCAUCAGUACGGAACGCAACCCUAAGGAACACACCGUCCAAAAGAGUGUUACCAUAUGCAAUACAGGGUGAUAAAAUUGGGGACGUUUCGAUCAAGUUGGGGGUCGGUUUUCAUCAGGAUGAAAACUUCACCAAAGCUUGUAAAUAUGCCUUGACUUGUUGCAAGUUCCUCCUGGCUCAUGUCAGCAACCUCGAAAGUCAGAAGGAAGCUUGA